AUGUUAACCAACCCAGCGCCACAGGUCGAGGAGCUCUGGAUUGAGAUCGACAUCGACCUAUUCAUCGCCGCCAGUCAUCAGGACCGCCAACGGUUUUGGCAAGUUACGUAUGAGCAGCUUAGGCAGAUGCGGUACCUUCGCUCUCUCACGAUCAAAAGUCCUGACUUGGAUCGUACUUUCAUAGCAGGAUUCGGACGUUUGAGCCAACUCACCCACCUCAGACACCUUGGACUUUCCACAGGAGGACAGGCAUGCACGUUUAACGGACUUUACAGGCUCGUACAAGAGGUGUUGCCUUGGCUGACAUCCCUGGAUCUCCAACCAUUGCAGGAUAUUGACAAGGCCGGUGUUCAUCGGUGGCUGGCAGAACUGGGUCGACCAAACCUCCGAUUCUGA